AUGUCUCAACAGCAGAUAAGCCUUCCUGCCAAGCUCAUCAAUGGUGGAAUUGCAGGCAUAGUUGGCGUCACUUGUGUCUUUCCCAUUGACUUGGCAAAGACCAGAUUACAGAAUCAAAGGGCAGGCCAGCUGGUGUAUAAGAACAUGUUGGAUUGCCUUGUGAAAACUGUGCGAACUGAGGGCUACUUUGGAAUGUACAGAGACGAGGGUGCCGCAGUUAACCUCACGCUGGUCACUCCUGAGAAGGCCAUCAAACUGGCUGCUAAUGACUUCUUCCGUCAGCACCUUGCCAAUAAUGGAAAAGGCCUGAAUGUGUUUAAAGAGAUGCUGGCCGGCUGCGGCGCCGGCAUGUGUCAGGUGGUGGUUACGACUCCGAUGGAGAUGCUGAAGAUCCAGCUGCAGGACGCUGGAAGAGUUUCUGCUCAGCAACAGAAGCCUGUGAUGAUGGCUCCCACAAAGCUUGGGACCACGAACACCCUUCUGACUCGUUCCUAUAACUCCGGCACUGCGGUGGCGGCUCCGCGAGCCGUGUCUGCCACACAGAUCGCCAAAGAGCUGCUUCGGACACAGGGGAUCCAGGGGCUCUACAGAGGCCUGGGGGCCACUCUCAUGAGGGACGUGCCGUUCUCUAUCGUGUACUUCCCGCUCUUUGCAAACCUGAACCGUUUGGGGAAACCCAACGCAGAUGGGUCCUCUCCGUUCUACUGGGCGUUCCUGUCUGGAUGUGCGGCCGGCUCCUUUGCUGCGGUUGCUGUCAAUCCUUGUGAUGUGGUGAAGACGAGACUGCAGUCUCUGAACAAAGGAGCGAGUGAAGAGUCGUACAAUGGGGUUAUGGAUUGCAUCAGUAAAAUCCUGCGGAAAGAAGGACCGUCUGCGUUCCUGAAGGGCGCCGGCUGCAGAGCGCUAGUUAUCGCGCCGCUGUUUGGAAUUGCGCAGGUCAUGUACUUUGUGGGAGUCGGGGAAUACAUCCUUGAUAACUCUCCUCUGAGGUUACUGGAUUGA